GAUCAUAUAAGUUUAAUUGCGAAUAUUGAUGAUAGUACUAGUGGUGGUAUCACAGAGAGUUUGAUGUUGUCAGAGCAUUUUGACUGAGGAAUAAAUAUUUGGGUCUUUACUGGAUUCUCUAAACGGCCGAACCAAGUGACCACUUCCUUUGUAUAAUUGGAUUCUCCUAACAGCCAUGCGUGACGUUUCUGCGUAUUUCUACUCUUCUUCGUGCCGUCUCGUAUAGAAGGUGUGAAUAAAUCCAAAAAAUAUAAAGGGAUUUCCGAAUAUUUUUCGGGAGUUUGAACCCGACGUUAAUCGAACACGCAACCUUCUGAUCUGGAGUCAGACGCGCUACCAUUGCGCCACGGAUCCCCAUGUUAAAUGUAUACAAAAAUAAGUACAUAACUAAUACUCCGAAUACACAGGUCGAAUAAGACCACACGGUGAGUGUUGCUCGUCUUCCCUCAGGUAGGCAUGAAAUGGCGUCCAUUGAUUCUCUCCGGUUCCAUUCUCUCUGCAAUCUCCAGUCGUCGAUUGGAAGAUCCAAGCUCCAGAUUCCUUCAAGCUUGGUUGUCUUCAGACGCAGACACAAGAAUCUAAACUGGGUUCAAGUCCAAACCAACCAAAGGUUCGUGUGCAAAUCGAUUGGUGACGAAUCCUCGACUCCAGAUGAAGAAACUCAGAAUGAUGAUAAUGAGGAAGAUGAUGCUGUCUCGACUCAGAGUAACACGGCCACUGACUCCGAGACUUCGAUUUCGAGAUUCCGGAGCAUGAUUACCACCAUUGCCAACGAUUCCGAGAAUUCAAUCUCGAGACUUGGAAGUAUGGUUGCCACUCUUCCUCCUGUCGUCUUCUUGAUGAACAAGUGCUCAGGGAACAGCGUUUGGAUCGGUAUAAGCAUCGUAGCUACAGUUCUGCUCGCUUCUAUACGAGCUUAUGCAAUAAGGAAGUCGAGAGAUAACCGUCCUGCUGGCUCUGUUUCUGAUCUUGUGAGACGUGGCCAGCUGAGAUCUGGUGAUAGAAGAGGCAUCAGCUCAAAGGCUAUGAACUACGAAGAUCCAUUCAACAACCCUUUUGUUAAAGUUGGUAAAGGAAGCUCAACGGUGGAGAUGUGCGGGAAAGUUUAUAAGUUAGCUCCAGUCACACUUACGGAGAAAGAACAAAGCAUUCAUCAGAAGAGGAGGUCAAGAGCUUACCAGUGGAAAAGACCAACAGUUUUCCUCAAGGAAGGAGACUCAAUACCGCCUGAUGUUGAUCCUGAUACUGUCAGAUGGAUCCCUGCCAAUCAUCCGUUCGCAACCACGGUUAGCGAUAUCGAUCAGGACCUCGCUCAGAACAAUGUUUAUCAAAAGCAAGGUGUUCCUUUCCGGAUUCGUGCUGAGCAUGAAGCUAUGCAGAAGAAGCUUGAAGCUUUACAAAAUGAGGAGAAGUUGAAUAAUUUGGGUAUUGACAGUCAAAAUGCCAGAGAUUUUCAGAGGCCAUACAAGUUCUCAAGCAAGCUCGAAGAAGACGAGAAUGUUCAGAAGAAUUCUCAGGAGAAUCAUACCGGCGAUUCAUCCUCCGAGGAGACGCAAAAGUCCUGAGAAGCAGUAAGCUUUGUAAAUAUAGCCUUGAGAGUCAUACUUGUGUUCCAAGAAACUGUGAGAUACUUUUUUGUAUUGAACCUUCAAAAACCCUAAACCUUCAUUUGCUUUUCCAUCAA